AAUAGACCGAACAAAAACAUUCGCAUUCAUGAAUAAAUAAUUUUGCGGAGAUAUGCAACGACAACGGAUGAUUGUAUUUGCUCAACUUGCCGUGCUCAAUUCAUUUCUUCUUGCCUUCGUAUGUGCAGCGGAGAACAAGUAUGGGACAAUAUCAGUGGAAGGACCAGCUUUUGUGAACAGGGAGGUAACACUGAAAGCGACACCGUUCUACCCUUGGGGAUGUGACGUAGAAUGGAAGUACAUGAAGGUCGGGGAAACAACAUUCCAAACAAUAACUGGGACAAAUAUUAAAAGAUACUCGGAGGAUGGGUCAUUCAUUUUAAAAUGGAAGGCUUCAAAUGAAUAUAAUGGAUCUACUUUCUACGCUGGAUGUUCAAAAAACCAAACAAUUAAAACAAGCAUGACAUCUAUAAAUUUUACAGGUAACAAUUAUCACUGA